CGCUCACUCCGUAACCUGACCUCUGUUCUCGUUGUUUUAUGUUCUCUGUCUGCUGCCGUGGUCACUCCAGAUUACUAGACGUAUUUCGAGACACAAGCUAGUCGGCAGCGCAGGCGGGCUCAGUGUACACGAUGCUGUCCCUGCUGUCUAGGACGACGUCGCGCUUGUUGGACGUCCGAUUUGACCCCUCGGAUUCUCCGUACUCUCAGGAGGAAGACAUACUGACUGUGGACCUCGACGCGCUACGAGAGCUGGUUCCCGGUAAACCGAACAUACCAUGGCGCAGAGUCGUUGGAGCCUGCGAAGAGACACUCUUUCCGGUGUAUAGGAAACUACAAGAUACUUUGUCUCAUGAUGUUGAUCAUCUUGCGCACCUGUUCUCCGAAAUGGGUACCUCUGUUAUGGAGGAGAGCUCACAAAAGCUGGAAGAAAUCUCCGAAGCGGCCUGUGUAUCUGGCGUUGCGACGACCUCGGACACGAGGAGAGCCUUUGCCUCAUGUAGCCCGAGUCAUCGGAAGCGACGCCGAUCGUCACAUUCUGGCGCCGCGGAGAUUCUGGUCAUCCCUAGCACGCACCCCUCCGCCCCUACAAUCAUCAUUACCUUUUGCCCGUACGAGCCGUACGAGUCGACCAGUUGGGUACCAUGCCAAGACGCGUGCUUUGGCAAUAGGCUCUCGGUACCCAACCACCCCGCUGUGAACGAUGCGUUCCCGCCACUAUUAGCGGAGCCCCUACCCGCCAGCCUCAGGCCGGUCGAGAAAUGGCAAUACACGAACGGACAUUGGUGCGCCGUCCUUCCGACCCUGGAGGAGCAAGCCCGAAGAGGUUUGUGCUCCAGGGUUAUCCCUGUCAGACGGAAAGCUCGGGCUCCGCGGCGCGGCAAGCGCUGAAAGAGCUUCCAUGCGAGGGGCUUUUCUACGGUACUGUAUCAUUAUUUCUGAUACUCCUCGGACUGCCGCCCACAUCCGCCCAUCGACCAAAAUGCUGGUGCUCAUUGACUCCCGUCAAUGAUGGAGGUUCCGUGAUAUCGCGUUUCUUCUUGGAUACUCGGGUCCAAGGGGGGAAGCCAGGUCCAUUGACCUAACCAUGCAUAUGACAUCUUCUCAGCAUCAUCCGUCGUUGGUUCGAGUAUUUCAUACGUCCUGCUUUCAUGUAGACGACUGGGAUGUAUUCCUGUUACGUUGCUAUAGACGAGCAGCAAUACGUUCAUUAUGGCGGCUGGUAACAAUGGGCACAAG